AUGAGUGAAUUUGUGGAAGAAGAUAUCGAAGGUUUGCUUCCUGUUUUCGAAGUCUUAAAAGGUGUGCAGUUGUUAUCAUCCACUGAAAUAGAUGCAUUUGUCAAACGUUGUCAAAUGUUUGAGUAUCGCCUUCAAAAGCCUCGAAAGGAUUCAUUAUCGUUCAGAGGAUAUACCGAUUAUUUGGAAUCGAUCUUGAAGCUUAUUCGGAUGCGACGGAAACGAAUUAAAUACAGAUUGAAAGAAGAUGAAAUUGAAAGCAAAAUUAAGAUUAAAAUUGCCAAUCUGCGUCGACAAUAUUGUGAACGGUUCAAGGGACGAUUAGAGGCUUGGCUUGAUUUGAUUGAAUUCUUGAAGAGUGAGAAAAUGUAUAUCCGAUGCAGUAAGACGUAUUUCCGCGCAUUACAGAUUUUUCCGCGAAAUUCUUCUUUGCGAAUUCAGGCGGCUCGAUAUGAAUAUUCAGUCGAACAUAGGAUAGAAUGCGCACGCUGUAUAAUGCAAGAGGGGAUACGUCUGGACCCUAAAGAAAUCAGUUUGUGGACUAGUUUUGUGCAUUUGGAAUUAGAUUAUGUCAAAUGGUUGAUUACUCGAAAAAGUAUACUAACCGGGAAAGGAUAUCAUAUACCAUGUACUGAGGAAAAGGAGUUAGAAAUUGCAAAGGAAGCGCAAAAAAGUCUAGAAAUGAAGGUAGGAGUAAAAGAAAAAAGUAAACAGGAUUCAAUAUUGGGUCUUCGAAUCGUUCAAAUAAUCAUUAAUCAAGCAUUAGAAUGCUGCGUCUCAGAAAAAAGUGCAUUGCUGCUAAAUUUUUGGAGAACUACAAGGAGGUACGGUUUGGUGGCCAAUCAUCUGACAGAAAAAUUGUAUGAUAUGUUAUGGUCUCCGAAGUAUAAAAGCGAAGAAAGCUGGAUUGCAAGAUCAGAAACAAUGGAUCACGAUCAGUAUUCUCUUUACAACUUGUUUGACAAAGCUUGUGAGGAUAUACCAACUGAAAAGAUGCACCGACAUUAUCUGACUCUUUGUCAAAGACAUUUUUUAUGCUAUCGCGAUCCAGAUGCAAAGGAGAAGUUUCGUGAACAGCUCUUCUGGUUGAUAAGUAGAGGAUAUGGUACAAACAUGGAUGUUAAAAAAUUCAAUAAGUUAGCAGAAAAUUUCGAAGAAAAAGAGAAAGUUUUGAAUGAAGCAGUGAAGAAUAAUUCCGAAAAUGCAUUUUUAUGGAUGAUGUUAUUGCAGUGCAAAAUAAAGUUCAACCCGACGGAUGUUGAAACGAUACGUAAAUUAUUCAAUCAAGCAACACGAGAAGUGUAUGAUGAAAGUCAUGGUCUUGCUGAUAUGUAUAAAGUAGCAAUUGAUUGGGCGCAUCAGUACUCAGAAGAUGAUGUGGAUGAUUUUUUUAGACGAGCUACUUUUCAUACACCACCGAAAGUUGCAUGUGAAAUGCGAUGUAUUCGUCUGAAUUAUUUAGCUUCUGUUUACCCUGGUGCACGUAAUAAACUACGGGAAGAAUAUUUCUUAUUCGCGAAAUAUCCACCGAAUAGUAUUGAAGUUCACCGAACAUUCAUAAACCAUGAAUUGAAAUCGGAGCAGACAUCAGUCGAGUUUGCUACACAGGCUUUUGAGUUAAUGAUUGUGGAAUUUGGAGAAAAAAGACACGAAUGUUGGAUUGACUAUGCGAAUUUUAUGCUGAAAUAUGAUCCGCUCACUUUGCAAACAAUUCAUAGGCGCGCCAUGGCCUCACUGGCACCAGAUCAAAUCGAGCCAUUUUUGGUAUCUUACAGUAAUUUAUUACAAAAUGCCGCCAGUAAUUAUAUAGAAUCCGAUUCCGAUACGGGGAAGGAUGAUGAUGAUAUUGGUCUUAUUGAGGAUGACGAUAACGUUGGGUCUUAA